CCCCCUUUUGAAAAAAGUGGGGUAUAUUGUUUUGCACAUGUCGGUCGGUCUGUCUGUCUGUCUGUCUGUCGGUCGGUCGGAAUACCAAAUGGUUUCCGAUCAAUAACUUGAGAACGCUUUGACCGAGGGACCUCAUACUUGGUAUGUGUAUUGGUCAUCACCAGCAGAUGAACCCUAUUGAUUUUGAGGUCAGUGGGUCAAAGGUCAAGGUCAGUGUGACCUUAACAUGAAAAACGGUUUCCGAUCAAUAACUUGAGAACGCUUUGACCGAGGGACCUCAUACUUGGUAUGUGUAUUGGUCAUCACCAGCAGAUGAACCCUAUUGAUUUUGAGGUCAGUGGGUCAAAGGUCAAGGUCAGUGUGACCUUUACAUGAAAAACGGUUUCCGAUCAAUAACUUGAGAACGCUUUGACCCAGGGACCUCAUACUAGGUAGGUGUAUUGGUCAUGACCAGCAGAUGAACCCUAUUGAUUUUGAGGUCAGUGGGUCAAAGGUCAAGGUCAGUGUGACCUUAACAUGAAAAACGGUUUCCGAUCAAUAACUUGAGAACGCUUUGACCCAGGGACCUCAUACUAGGUAGGCUUAUUGGUCAUGACCAGCAGAUGAACCCUAUUGAUUUUGAGGUCAGUGGGUCAAAGGUCAAGGUCAGUGUGACUGUAAGCUGAAAAAAGGUUUUCUGAUUGUCCAUAUUUUAUUUUCUUAUAUAGUAGACAGUAGAAAUUUAUAUGUCACUAAAUGCAUGAGUUGAAGUAUCAGUUUUCAGUUAACAUCUAGUUUAAUUAUGCCCCCCUUCGAAGCAGAGGGGUUAUAUAAUUGCUUUGCACAUGUCGGUCGGUCUGUUGGAAGACCAAAGCUUGUCCGAGUGAUAACUCAACAAUUCCCGGACCUAUGGUCAUCAAACUUGACAUGAAGAUUAGGUAUGACCAGUAGAUGACCUGCCUCAUAUGCAUCCAAUGACAAAUCAGCUGUCAUUUCAGUCCAUGCAUAUUUCAUUCAAUUGUCCAAAUAUUUCUGGCAACUUGGCGCUCAGGGGGCAUAAUGUUUGACAAACAUCUCUUGUUUAUUUCAUUUUUCAGAGGGAAGCGUGAGAGUCCUGGGGAGGACAUCCUGGCCUGGAGACAUUUUGGCAGCUAGACCACUUGACACAAAUUUGAUCAUACAAGUCGUGCUGGGGGAGAGGGGACCUUCUUGGCUUACCAUGGAUUGAAUGUGCCUUUUCUUUGGCUCCUACAAGGAUGCCAAGAGUUUUUAACUUUAUAUUGAUCACACCCCACCUGUGGUGGACAUUUGACAUUGGAAAACAAACCACAUAACGAAAACAUUAAUGAGCUUACUAUCCUAUAAGGGAUUGAUAUACUGGCAUGAAACUGCUAACCUGGAUUCAGAGCAUAAUUAGAGCACAGUUAGAGCAUAAUCAUGCUUCUUUGUAUUAUUGACAUUUGAUUUGGAAGUUAGAAGUCUUGGAUGUCAUACAGUGGCAGUUUUCCUUUUUCAGCUACAAAAUGAACAAGUAAAUGUUAAGCAUUUUUCAUAUGGUCUUUAAAUAGUUUUAAUACUGGAUUAAAUGAUAUUUUCCUGCUAAGAUCAUUAUGUGAGGAAAUCAGAAAGAAUUAAACUUAAGGAUCAUGACUGAUUAUCCUCAUAAAUGGGAAAUGUGCGUGAAAGAAUAUGAGACUUUUCCAUUGGCACUUGAGACAGGCUUGAUAUAUAUACAAAAAAGUGUGAGUUCUCUUUGAUGUUUUCUAAGAGAGCCUUGUUUUAUGUUAGUGAUAAAACUUAAGAUAAUCGAGAUAUUUUUACAAAAGUGGACACACCUAGUCUGGAUGUGGUUUAAAGUGGUUGUUGUUUUGUGGUUUUUUUAAUAGAAAAGCCAGUCACUUGAGAACAAUGUAACUACCUGUAAUUGUGAAAUAUUUCGGGAGAACAGUAAUCUCUUAUUCCUGCUUGUUGUUUACAUCUGAUAAGAUUGUUAAUUGCUUGUUGAUUUUUCAUGAUAUAGACAAUGGUAAAACAUUUCCAUGAAAAUACCAUAGGUACUGGUUUAUUAAAUCAGUUCUGUAUUUGAAGGAUUUUCCAGAAGAGGAGGAAAUUGGAUUCAUUAAACCUAAAAGAAAUGUAUUUAUAAACAAUGUGUUGCAAGAAAGUUCAGUCACACAUUACAAAAGUGCAUAUUUAUCUGAACUCUGAAGGAAACAAUAUUGGAAUGAAAUUGGAAUCUAGUGAAAAAGUGAUUACCUGUAGGCAAGUGGCAGACUGAAUGAGACACCUGCUAGAAUCAUUGCCACAUUGGAACAUGUUUACUCUUACAACUUGUUAGUGAUUAUACAACAGUACAAUAUUACAUUCUGAUACUGUUAUAUAUGAUGUUUAUCUGGUGAUAUUGUUAAGGAUAACAGUGGUUAAAUAGAAUCUCUAAAAAAUGAUAUUACUGGCGUGGUCAGUUUUGGGGAUACUUGGGACUGGUUGCUAUGGAAACACCCCUGUUGAAGAUGGUGGACGAAGUUACACUCUACCAGAUGAUCAGAAGGUAGUGUACGAUGUUCGGCUGGGAGGAACACCACCAGGUCAGCAUGACAUACAGAAGCGAAGCCCAAGCCCGCUGAGGAUCCAUCUGCACUAUGACACUAGUGUUCACCAGCUGCCCAGUGACAAACAGGCUCUUGUCAAGGCAAAGGUAGAGCAAGCAGUGACAUAUUGGGAGAAUACACUACAAGUCCUUCAACAGCAUGGCACCAUCUGGCUCGAUAAGAAGUGUGUAUCGAAUGAGGUUCGCUACUACGAGGGUGUCCGCUACUGCAAGGAUGGAUGUCAGAGUGUCAGUUUCUGUGGAGAUGUCAAGAUUCCAAUAGAACACCUAAGGUGGUGUGUAUGGUGGGACAGUCAUGCCAACGUGUACCACAACCCCCUUGAGUCUGCCCCAGGGGUAGCUGGCUCAGAUUUUAUUCUCUACGUGGCGGCUCUACAUUCAGACAAGUGUGAGAGACAGAAGACGGUUGCGUUUGCAGCUCAUUGUCAGAUGGAACAGGCCCUGGACAGGCCGAUAGCUGGCUACAUCAGCAUUUGUCCCCACAGCAUCCAGACCAGCAUACACAAACACACUGAGCUGCUGUACACCAUCAAACAUGAGAUUCUACAUGCACUGGGUUUCACAGCAAGUCUGUAUGCAUUUUACCGUGACCAGUUUGGACAUCCACUGACUGAGAGAGACCAGUACACAGGAAAACCCCUGGUGUUUGAUGCUGGGUUGUUGAUGUACAAAUGGAGUGAUCGAGUCGUAUCGCAGGUUACACGUCCCUCCUGGAGGCUCAAGGGGCAGACAAUCAGGAAAACUGUUAACAUGAUUAUUACCCCUAAUGUUGUGCGCGAGGUUCGUGCCCACUUUGGCUGCCCUAAUCUGGAGGGUGGGGAACUUGAGGACCAGGGUAUCAACGGGACGGCAAUAACACACUGGGAAAAGAGAGUAUUUGAGAAUGAGUUUAUGACCGGGACAUACACCCAGAACCCUGUGAUUUCCCGCAUUAGCCUGGCACUAAUGGAGGACACAGGCUGGUACAGUGUGCAGUAUGAAAACGCUGGGAAUCUGGAGUGGGGGCAGGGCAUGGGGUGUGACUUUGUCAUGAAGAGCUGCUACCACUGGAUGGAAACCAAAAUUAACAACAACGAAGACAUCCACCCAUUCUGUAUUCAUGCAAACCGAGGUCAGCUAAAAACUGACUGUACUCGCAAUAGGAAGGCAGUGGCCAUUUGUAACCUGUCUGAGUUCACUGGACCUCUACCACCUCAAUACCAGUAUUUCAGAACAGUGGAAGGUGUACCAGCCAGUGAUGUAAACCGAUAUGGAGGAAGUGUGUCAUUGGCCGAUUACUGUCCCUACCUGCAAGAAUUUGUCUGGAAACAAGAAGACAGUCUUGUUCGAGGCUCUCGCUGCGCUCUGACACAAAAUCGUGUAGACCCCACACAGAACUACUUACUGGAGACAUACGGGCCACAGUCUGCAUGCUUUCACCAUGGCUCAGAAUGGAGCCUCCUCCAAUGUGAUAGUCAGUUUAAGCCUCAUUACGGGAGCGGGUGUUACGAAUAUCGAUGUGAUGUUACUCAGGGACUACAGGUUAUUGUGAUGGGACAGGCGUACACAUGUUACUAUGCAGGACAGCAGGUACUCAUAGGAUAUGUGGAUCCGCGGUGGCUACAUCAGGGAAAUAUAACAUGUCCGCCUUGCCAAGAAUUGUGCCAGAGCCAGGGUAUAACAUGCCCACCAGAAAGAAGAGACAUUUAUGAUGUUCAUCCCAACGCCAACACCAACGAGCGGAUACCCUGUGCAGCAUCCUUCAUAUAUAGCUGGAAUCUCACUACACUCAGUGCUUUAUGUAUAAGUUUUAAGCUUGUUUUAGAUAUUUUGUAUUGUUAUAGAUGACCUUUAUUUUAGUAUAAUGUUUGUAGGUAUAAGGUUGUAUAGGAUUUUUACACAAAAUAACCAGUUAUACAUUGUUUUGUUAAAUAUAUGAUAGUUAUUACAUGUAUACACUAGUCAAUGACAUGUAGAUAGUUACUGAUUAUAACCAUGAAUAUAGGACACAAUUUAGAGAGCUUGACAAAUACUCCACACACAAAGUGCCCCAUGCCAUUUUUGACAGGGUAGACACAACACCCCACAUCAUAUUGUAGACAAAAUACCUCACAUCAUAUUGUAGACAAAAUACCCCGCAUUAUAUUGUGGACAAAAUACCCCACAUCAUAUUUGUAGACAAAAUACCUCACAUUAUAUUGUGGACAAAAUACCCCGCAUUAUAUUGUGGACAAAAUACCCCGCAUUAUAUUGUGGACAAAAUACCCCACAUCAUAUUGUGGACAAAAUACCCUGCAUUAUAUUGUGGACAAAAUACCCCAUAUUAUAUUGUAGACAAAAUACCCCGCAUUAUAUUGUGGACAAAAUACCCCGCAUUAUAUUGUGGACAAAAUACCCCGCAUCAUAUUGUGGACAAAAUACCCCGCAUCAUAUUGUGGACAAAAUACCCCGCAUUAUAUUGUGGACAAAAUACCCCAUAUUAUAUUGUGGACAAAAUACCCCGCAUUAUAUUGUGGACAAAAUACCCCGCAUUAUAUUGUGGACAAAAUACCCCGCAUUAUAUUGUGGACAAAAUUUCCCACAUUAUAUUAUGUUCAAAAUAUCACACAUAAGUUUGCCACUAUCACAAACAUUUUCUGUCUACCUGGCCAGUAUAUUUCAUUAUUUUCAAAAUGCCCCAUUCUUUACAAUAAACCAAGUUGUAAUAUACGUUGUAAUUAAGACAUCACUGUAUUUUCUGUAUUUGACAUCUAAAUGUCGAUUUUGCUAUUGUGAAACCUUAGAUUCCAUUGUUAAAGUCCUGUAAAAUCUUUAAUGUUGCCAUAACUGUUCAAGCUUUUCUCAUGAAACUUGAUACACAUGUUGCCAAAGACAAUGUGCGCUUGUAUAGCAACAUUUUGAAUUUCUUAUUUUUGCUUGUUUUUGGAUUCCUUUCCAGCUUCUUGUAUAUUUUUGCAAUAAUUUAAGACAUGUUUUCUUUCAUCUAUCCGUUUGGAGAUAUUAUUGUUUUAUAUAAAGGAGAUAUGAGCCAUGUGCAGUGAUUUUGGGUCAUGUUGACAACCCUUUACUUUUAACUUGUUUUCAUAAAUGAACAAAAGAAAUAAAUAUGAAAAAGCAUUUUAUUCAGAGGAUUGAAGUUUUUACUUGCCAUAAUGCUGAGUCUCUGUAAGAUGAUUAAAAUAAAUUAAGAUGUUUCUUAUUAUUAAAGUUAAAUACAACUGAUUCAUCAGUUUUUAAAUAAAUUGUGAUAUUUGAUAGAUGGUGAUAUUUGUUGUCAUUCCUUCCUACUUGAAUGUAGACAGUAAUGUUCUUAUUCAUUUAUGCAAGUAGAAAGAUCAAAAUCACAAACCUGUAGUUUUAUUAAGUAAUUAUGCGUGUCAGCAAGACCCAUUUCCUUGGACAUAAGGUUCACAUUGGCACAUAGGUUAUCUUGCUUCUAGAUUGAAGAUCUAAAGAGUUCGUUAUUUUCUUACAAACAACAUAUUAUUGCCAGGCAUUCCCAGGUAUUGCUUUCAAACUGAUGGAAUUAGGAAUACAAUAUUGUCCUAACAGGUAAAAAGCAAUGAAUAACUUAUAGUACCGGUAGUUAUUUACCUCACAGCAGAAUGAUACAUGUAGAAUUGAAACAUUCCAGAACCUACUUUCAACCUGAUUUUAACAUAUCAUCAUAUUUUAUCAAUGAAAAGUUGUUAAAGAUUUUAAUAGAAUGUUAAAGAAUAUGUGCUGUUAUUUUUUAAGGAUGUCUCAAAUUGCAAUUAAAUAAUACACACAAUGUAUUUUAAGUUGUAAAAGUAAGCAAGGGAGUAAGUAAAACAAAACAUCCCUGAUCAGUUUCACUGUUUGACAUGGUGGACAAAACAACCCAUUAUGAAAUAUCCCACUUGACUUUUGUCAACAUGUACAAAGCAUCCAAAAUAUUUUAUUAAUUAGUUAAAACAUUCAAUCCAAAUUACAAUGCAUCAAUAACCAGUCAAAUACAGCAUUGUGUGUAUUAAACGGCAAUUUACAUUUAGUUCUUGACAUUCGAGAACCGAGAAUCGUGAUUUGGUGUUUAUCAAGAGAGCAGAUAUAGGCAUUAUAGUGUUGCUUGUUAUGAUUUUGUGUGUAUGUUAGCUGGUCUUUCAUUCUGUCUGAAAAUGUGCAAUAAAAUACUGAAAUUCUA